CAACUUCACUUCGUUGCAGUUACUCGAAGCACGCACUUACACAAUGCUGUCCAAUCUGCUCGGUUUCUUCUCAUCUUAUCGUGCCCACCAUAACUCCUUCAUCCUAAUUAUCGGAUCGUCCAGAGUGGAGUGUAUUCACCUCGUCCCGGAGGAGCCUGGAGUUGUGGAGAUGUUUGGCUCAUAUUCGGGCCGCACUGAUCGUCCCCCACCCCUCCCACGGACGAUCACAUCCAUCCAAUCCCGCGAGCCACUGGGCGAGCUCGAGGUCAGGGUCACUGAGGGCGAGUCCCUAUUCGCCGCUCUUGAACGACUUCGUGAUUACGUCAAGAAGGCCUACAACGCGUGCUCAACAAUCAUUGGGGAUGACAAGGCGACGGGGGUUGAUGCGGACGAGUUGAGGUUGGAUCAGUGCAAGCAUGCACUGAUCCAAGGAUUCCGUUCCCUGGUUGAGGAAGGACAUAACAAGAGUACCACAGGCGCUCUCCCAGCGAAAUACAUGGUUGAACUGGCACGUAUUUCGAGGUCGAGACCUGGAUGUAUCUGGGACGAAUCGAUGCUGACGAGUUUUCCGCAUUGAGUACCUUUCUUGUUCCAUGAUGAUUAUUGAAUACAUUGAGGACCGCAUAUGUACGUCAUCGUGGAUAUGCACUUGACUGCUUUAUGUUUUUGUUACGUUACCAUUAUGAUUUUCACUAUGGCCUACUAUGAGAACUCGUUGCACACUUUGUAUGCCCGGCGUUCUUCUGUAUAUUCCAAUAGGUACUCAACUGACUACGAUGACAGGCUAUGCCGAAGGUGUCGGACAAUUUCGGGAGUCCUCCUACUGGUUUCCCUCCACGGGAAAGGAAAGAUAAA